AUGUUUGGUAUUUUUGAGGAAAAUUACGAUUCCGUUUAUAACGGCAAACACGAAGCCAAGUUCUCUCACGAAGCUGUUGCUGGUGCUGCCUCAUUUGCUGCUGUUAAGUUGUUUGAAGAUAGACAAAGAAGAGAAGGUAAGCCAGUUAGUCAUGCUUUUGCCAAAGAAGCUUUAGCUGCCAUUGCCGGUGGAGAAGUCGACAAAUUAUUUGAAACCAAAGGGUUGGACUAUUUGGAUAGAGAAAGACUCAGAGAUCAAGCUAUCAACAACGCUCAAAGAGGUUACGACGACCAUUACGGCCAACACGAAGAAUGGUCUCCAGAACACAGACCACCUUUUGACUACCAAAGAUAUUAA